AGCAGCAAAAACCCUUUUUCCAUGGCGCACCCCAAAUUCUAACUGAUCGAUUCAUCUUCCGUCCUCCCGGCAAAACCCUAACACGCACGCCCUCUCCCUCCCUCUCUCCGAGCCGCGAAAAUGUCGGCGCCCAUGCUGGAAAUCGAAGCCCGCGACGUGGUGAAGAUCGUGCUCCAGUUCUGCAAGGAGAACUCGCUGCACCAGACGUUCCAGACCUUGCAGAGCGAGUGCCAGGUCUCCCUCAACACGGUCGACAGCAUCGAGACGUUCGUCGCCGAUAUCAACAGCGGCAGGUGGGACGCCAUAUUGCCUCAGGUCGCCCAGCUUAAGCUUCCCAGGAAUAAAUUGGAGGAUUUGUAUGAGCAGAUUGUAUUGGAAAUGAUUGAACUUCGUGAGUUGGAUACUGCUCGUGCAAUUUUAAGGCAAACUCAGGCAAUGGGUGUCAUGAAGCAGGAGCAACCUGAAAGAUACUUGCGACUCGAGCAUCUGCUUGUUAGAACAUAUUUUGAUCCCAAUGAGGCUUAUCAAGAUUCAACAAAAGAGAAACGGCGUGCACAAAUUGCCCAAGCUAUUGCAGCAGAAGUUACUGUAGUGCCGCCUUCACGAUUGAUGGCCCUAGUGGGGCAAGCGCUCAAGUGGCAGCAGCACCAAGGGUUACUACCUCCAGGAACCCAAUUUGAUCUAUUUCGAGGAACUGCUGCUAUGAAGCAAGAUGUGGAUGAUAUGUACCCCACAACUCUUUCACACACCAUAAAGUUUGGAACCAAAAGUCAUGCAGAGUGCGCUAGGUUCUCUCCAGAUGGACAGUUUCUUGUUUCUUGCUCUGUUGAUGGAUUCAUCGAGGUCUGGGAUUACAUGAGUGGGAAGCUCAAAAAGGAUCUUCAGUAUCAGGCUGAUGAGACCUUUAUGAUGCAUGAUGAUCCUGUCCUUUGUGUUGAUUUUAGUAGAGACUCAGAGAUGCUUGCUUCUGGGUCACAAGAUGGCAAGAUCAAAGUUUGGCGAAUAAGAACAGGUCAAUGCUUGCGUCGUCUUGAACGUGCACAUUCUCAGGGCGUCACAAGUCUCCUCUUUUCCCGUGAUGGCAGCCAGUUACUCAGUACCUCCUUUGAUGGCACAGCCAGAAUCCAUGGCCUUAAAUCUGGGAAACAGCUGAAAGAGUUUCGAGGCCACUCAUCUUAUGUCAAUGAUGCAAUAUUCAGCAAUGAUGGCAGUCGUGUUAUUACUGCCUCGAGUGAUUGUACUGUGAAGGUCUGGGAUGUUAAGACUUCAGACUGUCUUCACACAUUCAAGCCUCCGCCUCCAUUGAGGGGAGGUGAUGCUUCUGUUAACUCUGUUCAUCUCUUCCCAAAGAAUGUUGAUCACAUCGUUGUUUGCAAUAAAACAUCAUCAAUUUAUAUCAUGACUCUUCAGGGACAGGUGGUGAAGAGUCUUUCGUCUGGUAAAAGAGAGGGUGGAGAUUUUGUGGCAGCCUGCGUAUCACCAAAAGGCGAAUGGAUUUACUGUGUCGGUGAAGACAGGAAUUUGUACUGUUUCAGCCACCAUUCUGGAAAAUUAGAGCAUCUUAUGAAGGUUCAUGAGAAGGAUGUAAUCGGGGUAACACACCAUCCGCAUCGUAAUCUUGUUGCAACAUACAGCGAGGACAGCACGAUGAAGCUAUGGAAGCCUUGACAUAUUAUUUCUCAUGUUGCGACUUCGCAAUUGUAGACUGUUGUAGAUGUAAUUGUUAUUUCAUUUAUUGACAGGUGAAAAGAUUAGGAGUGUAUUUAGUUAAAGAACAAUUAUAAUCUCCUUACUGACCAACAUUUUGUUGACAUGCUUUUCAAUAGAACCCCGAAAUGCAUUGGGUUAACUUUUUCCAAA